AUGGACCUCAACAUCGACUCUCUGGUGACUGUCUUGACCGUAGCCGCCGGAAAGGAGCGCGGAGCCAACCAAAAGGCAUCAGAGAACCAGCUCAAGCAGUGGGAAACGGUCUCCGGGUACCAUUUUUUGCUCCAAUCGGUUUACCUCAACGUUGAGUACCCUCUGCAAAUUCGCUGGCUGGCGGUGAUCUGUCUGAAAAACGGCGUGGAAAAGUACUGGCGGUCGACACGAGUGAACGCCAUCUCGAAAGAGGAGAAGUUCGAGAUUAAACGGCAUUUUUUCAACCUGUUGGACGAGUCCAACGACCAGCUGGCGAUCCAGAAUGCCCACGCUUUGGCGCGUGUUUGUCGGUUCGACUUCCCCGCCGAGUGGCCGACGCUGUUCGAGGAGAUUGCCGGGCUUCUGGAAUCAAACUCGAGGAAUAUUGUCAAACUGCACAACCUGUUGCUAAUGACGAACCAGAUCCUCAAGACACUGGCAUCUAUCCGGAUCGGCCGGGCAAGGGCAGCCAUGCAGAACAAGGUCACAGUGGUUGUUCCGCACCUGGUGCAACUGUACAAGGGCUUCUUCAACCACUGGACCUCGGAUGGUAGCUUCAACACCGCCGUGAUGGAGGUCGGGUAUCUGUGUCUUAAGAACCUGAGACGGGCCAUUGUUGACGGGUACGAGUAUCCGCACCGCGACGCUGUGGUUGUCGAGUUUUUCCAGCUGUCGUUACAGCAUUUCCAGAAACUGCUGCUGUUGCACGAGAGUUCGCAGCUGCCGUUGCUGGAACGGUACUUGAAAGCGUAUGUGAAGCUGUACACGAACCUGGUUAACGACAACGUUGUUGCUUUCGUGAUGAUGCCCGACUCGUACCAGAUUUUCAUGACGAUGCUGUCGUUGCUGGAGUCGAAGGCCAGCGAGAUCUACAACAGCGAGGAAAACGAGUUCUGGGAGCAGCUGGCCAUCAAGAUGGUGUCGAACCUCAAGAAACUGACCGCGUUCGGGUACAAGAAGGGUGCGGUCAUGCUAAAACAGCGCAACGACCAGUCAGAGGUGCGCGGCGCGGCAGAAAUGGUGGCCACGCAGUUCUUCAACCUGCAGCUCGUGGAACACCUGGUGGACCUGCUCAUCACGUGGUACAUGAAGCUCCGUGCAUCGGACCUGGAGUCGUGGUCGAUCGAGCCCGAGGAAUGGGUCAACGAGCAGCUCCAGGUGAGCUGGGAGUACCAGAUCCGGCCGUGUGCAGAAAACUACUUCCAGGACCUCGUGAGCUACUUCAAGCCGCAGCUCAGCGGGUUUAUUCUCAGAAAGAUCGAGAGCGUGCUUUCGGACGACUCUGCAGACAUACUGACGAAGGACUCGGUUCUGGCGGUGUUCCAGCUGAGCGCGAACGCCAUCAGCGAGAGUUGCAACUUUGACCAGCUGUUCCGGAACUUCUUUCUGCCCGAGGCUCUCAAGGACGUUCCGUUGGAGAACAAGCUGGUGAAACGCCGCAUCUGCUUGAUUGCCAGCGAAUGGAUCCCGAUCCAGGGCUCCAAAGAGACCCGGCUCGAGAUGUACCAGCUGAUCAUUCAGUUUCUAAAAGAGUCACCCAUCAACGACAGAGUGGUCAAGCUGACGGCGGUCCAGACUCUCCAGCAUCUUAUCGACGACUGGGAAUUCAGAAAGUAUCAGUUCCAGCCGUUUCUUACCGAAACCGUGGCUGGGCUGCUAGGACUGCUGAAAGGCCUCGAGUUCACCGAGUCCAAGAUCUUUGUGCUGAAGGUGCUAUCGGUGCUGAUUGAGAGGACCAACCCGCUGGUUUCGGAACAGGAACUGCUGCAGAUCAUGACGAUGAUCCCGGCCAUGUGGGACGAGUCCAACAACGCGAACGAGAUGAUCGUGAAGAACUCGUUGAUGCGCGUGCUACGCGACCUCACUAUAGCUCUCAACAGCAACAGCAACAAGACCUAUCCGAUAGUGCUACCGUUGAUCGAACUGUGCUGCACUCCGGGCUCAGACCUGUACGCGUUGCUGUGCGAGGACGGCCUGGAGCUCUGGGGAGCCGUGCUGAAACAUCUGCCAACCACGGUAGCAGUUCCGGACCAGAUCAUCAACCUGUUCCCGUUGACGGUGUCUGCGCUGUCGAACUGGACAGAAAUCCUGCCUACGGUGCUACAACUGGUGCGGUCGUAUGCGAUGUUGGAUUUCAAACUAUACGAAACGGAAAAGGGUCUCGAGAUCCUCAAGAUCCUGGGCGGAUACCUAACCUCCAUGAGAGACGACUCGAUCUAUCUCACAUCGUCUCUGAUCGAAACACUGGUACUUCAAAACCAGGACUCGGCCCAGGUGGUGGAAAACAUCACCGAAAGCGGCCUGUUUGCCGAAAUGGUGCAAUAUCUCACCAGAGAAUCGCAAACCCCCAACUGCGAAAUCAAAAUGUCAUUGCCCCUGCUUAGACUGGUGCACAAAAACCCGGUCCAGUUUCUGGGCCUGUUGACCAGAGUCACAGACACAAAUCUGGCCACCAAGCUCAACUCGCUGAUCGAGUCGCUCAUUAACUUGCUGAAACUCGUUUACGACUCAAAGAUCCGUAAACUGUUUGUUCUUGCUCUGUUUUCGUUCUAUGACCCAGCCAUCUUCAAGGAAUAUUUGCCAAAAGACCAAAACUCAGACCUUGACUACCAGAUUCAGAACAUGUCGCCAGAGUCGGCAGUUUCUUUGGUGCUGUCGACAAACUUUAGCAACAUCCUGUUCCUGGCCACCCAUCUUUUGGAAGAGGUGAACGAAAACGAGCAAGGCGACUGCGAAGCAUAUCACAAGCCGUCGUCUUACGAAGACGACGACCUCACCCUGAUCGAACAGGACCAGGACGAGACCAACGAAUACGCGCUUGAGUACAAGCUGCCUCCGUCUGCAGAGAAACUGCGCUAUAACGAGCUGAUAUUCAAACUAGAUCCGGUGCACAGGAUCAACACCAAAGGUCUGAUCAAGUACAAGAUGGAUAGCCUGUCGGGAAUUAAAGGGUAUCAGGGGUUGUUGGCGUCUGUGGACGGCGAAACGCUGGAACAGCUGCAGAUGAUGAUCAAUAAAUAG